ACUCAACAAUCAGCGAAAAACGCCUCGAAAACAAAAAAAUUAUGUUGUCGCAAUAUAUGGAGGAAUUUGAACAGGAGCCCUUCGAGGUAGGCGAAUUUAUUGAACGUCUGACCUGGCGCACCAACAAUGAGCUGCAGAACAGCGAGGAUUUCAAUCCUGUGGCAUUGCACGACACAUUCAUACAAACGAUUAAGGAUUUGAAAAUUCUGCAGGAGAAGCAGCAAAGCAAGUGCGAACGCCUCGAGGAAUCCCUGCACCAGGAGCAGGAUUCGCAUGCCAAGAAAAUUUCGAAGCUGCAAGAACGACACCAAACGGCCAUCGAUUGGUUUGGCCAGCUGGACGAGAAGAUCAACUCUGUGGCUGGCAAGAUAAUGCAUUUGGGUGAGCAGUUGGAGAAUGUGAAUACGCCGCGUAGUCGUUCGGUGGAGGCACAAAAAUUGCUCAGCUACAUGUCCGAAUUCCUAAUGGCCGGGCCCGUCAUAGUCAAUGAUGUAUUCACCGAUCCGCUGCGCUUAAACGAAGCAGCGGAUGUUAUACAGAAGCUGUACGCAAUUUCACAGGACCUGCCGCCGGGCAACUUUGCCGAGUCCAAGCGGAAAAUUGAAAAGAAAUACGAUGAAGUCGAGCGCCGACUGAUCGAAGAGUUCGCCGCGGCACAAAAGAGCGAGGAUAUCGAGCGCAUGAAGUCGCUGGCCCAGAUCCUAUCCCAAUUCAAGGGCUACACGCAGUGUGUGGAUGCCUAUAUCGAGCAGAGCCAAAUGCAGCCGUAUAGCGGCAAGGAUAUAUUCAUUGGCAUAGUGCCCAUGUGCAAGCAUCACUAUGAGAUAAUCAAGAAGGUCUUCGCCAAUCCGCAGCAGGUCAUGUCCAAGUUUAUUCUAAAUAUCUAUCAAUUGAAACUGCAUCAGUAUGCCAUGACCAAGUUGGACGAUAAAAAGGACGAGGAGAAGUAUCUACGCACGCUCUAUGAGCUCUACUCACGCACCUUAAAACUGUCCAGCGAUCUACAAGUCUACAUGUCCACCAUCGAUGAUGAUCUGCUCCACAAGCUCACACAACAAAUCUUCAUGAAGAACCUUGCGGGCUAUGCUGAAAUUGAGCUCAAAUGCCUGACGGCCAAGUGCUCGUCGGAGCUGGAGAAGUUUUAUGCGAGCAAGAAGCAUCAGAAGACACAGACCACAAAAGGUUUUCGGCGCAACAUGGAGGUGCUCAUUGCAACGCGAGCCAACAUUAACAUAGCUGUCAUUGAGGAUUAUGGUGGGGAGACGUUUCUAUCAGAGGAGCUGGCCAUCAAUAUGCUGCAAGAGGCAAAGGCAUCCCUCAAGCGUUGCCGAUUGCUCUCCAGCGAGGCGGAGCUGCCCGGCAAUGCGAUCAAGUUGAAUGAUAUAUUGUUACGGUUUCUCAUGCACGAGCAUGUCGACUAUGCCUUGGAGUUGGGUCUGCAGGCGGUGCCAUUGGCGGAGGGCAAAGUAUUUCCCCAGCUGUAUUUCUUCGAUGUGGUGCAAAAGACCAAUAUCAUUGUGCAUUUGCUGGAUAAAUUGUGCAAUUCCUCAGUUAUACCCUGCGUUAGCAACACACCAAAAUACUCGGAUUAUGUGUUUAAGAAGCGCAUAUUGAUGGAACAAAUUGAAACGAAACUGGAUCAGGGUCUGGAUCGCUCGAUAAGCGCAGUAAUUGGCUGGGUCAAGGUCUAUCUGCAGUACGAGCAGAAGAAAACGGACUACAAGCCCGAAACAGAUGUAGAUACUAUCUCAUCGGCUGCGUGCCUUCAAGUUGUGCAGAGUCUGCAGCCAGUUAUUGUGCAGAUAAAGAAGUGCGUGGAUGGCGAAAAUCUGCAAAACGUGCUGACAGAGUUCGGAACCCGACUCCAUCGCAUCAUCUACGACCAUUUGCAGACAAUGCAAUUCAAUACGGCGGGCGCCAUGUGCGCCAUUUGCGAUGUGAACGAGUACAGAAAGUGUAUACGUGAGCUGGAGAGUCCAUUGGUGACUCAGCUCUUUGAUAUACUACACGCUCUGUGCAACUUGCUAUUGGUGAAGCCACAAAACCUUCAAGAGGUGUGCACAGGCGAUACUCUGAACUAUCUGGACAAGUCGGUGGUGCGGCAAUUCAUCCAACUGCGCACCGAUUUUCGUGUCAUUAAGAAUACAAACUAUCUGAAGGGGAUCAUCGAAUAGCACAAUUGGCAGACGCGAAUCCGCUGCUGAGUCACAUUCCCAAAUUUGUCCCAAUCAAUUUACUUUUUGUGUAUUUAUUUAUAUAAACGUAAACAUGAUCAAGUAACAAAGUACAUGCUUCAGUUUUCA